GGUUUAGACAACAAUUUCAAUUUCUUUCCCUCAACAUAACGUUUUUUUGUGUGUGUGUGUGAUCUUAUUCCCAUCGCAACGCUUGAAGAAUGCUCAUGAUCAUCGAAUCAAGAAAAAGAUGGAUCCAAAGCUGUUGUUUUGUUUGCCACAGGGAGAUGAAUUGUUUAAUCCCCUUAACACCAUGUUUAUUCAAAUGGCCUGCAUUCUCGUCUUCUCUCAAUUGUUUUAUCUCCUUCUUAAACCCUGUGGCCAAGCUGGUCCCGUUGCCCAGAUUCUUGCUGGGAUUGUGCUGAGUCCGGUUCUGCUCUCAAGAAUCCCAAAAGUUAAAGAAUUCUUUCUCCAGAAAAACGCAGCAGCUUAUUACUCUUUCUUCUCAUUCGUUUUACGAACAUCUUUCAUGUUUUUGAUUGGUCUUGAAGUCGAUCUACAUUUCAUGAAAAGAAAUUUCAAAAAAGCCGCCACGAUAGCGUUUAGCUCAUUGGUAGCUUGCGGUCUCCUCAGCCUCGCCUCCUUACUGAUAUUCAUCCCUUUGUUUCAUAUCAAAGAAGAUCGCUUUACGUUUUUCUUGGUUCUUCUCAUAACAUUGUGCAACGCGGCAUCUCCCGUCGUCCUCCGUUCAAUCGCUGACUGGAAACUCAACACAUCUGAGAUCGGACGGCUCACAAUGUCCUGUGCAUUGUUCAUCGAAAUAACGAACGUCGUCAUCUACACUGUAGUCAUCGCGAUCAUCUCUGGAUCUAUGAUAGGUGAUCUCGUCCUAUUUAUUUUCGCUACUGGAGCCCUAGUCUUGCUCAACAGGUUUCUAGCUCCAUGGCUCCCAAAGAGGAACCCUAAAGAGAAAUACCUCUCAAAGGCUGAAACUUUAGUCUUCUUCAUCUUCCUUCUCAUCAUCGCCAUAACAAUCGAAUCCUACGAUGUCAAUUCAGCGGUUUCGGUUUUCGCCAUUGGAAUACUGUUUCCAAGACAAGGAAAGACUCACAGAACGUUGAUUCAACGGCUUAGUUACCCGAUCUACGAAUUUGUUCUUCCGGUUUAUUUUGGUUACAUCGGAUUCAGAUUCAGCAUCACCGCAUUAACCCAACGCUAUUACCUCGGUCUCGUUAUUAUAGUGAUUCUAAGCUUAGCUGGGAAACUUAUUGGUGUUAUAAGCGCUUGUAUAUACCUGAAGAUCCCCAAGAAAUAUUGGCUUUUCUUACCAACCAUCCUCUCUGUUAAAGGCCAUGUGGGUCUUCUUAUUCUCGACGCAAACUUCACCGAAAAGAAAUGGUGGACCACAACUAUUCAUGAUAUGAUGGUGGCUGCUUUGGUGGUCUCGACGCUGGUAAGCGGUGUCCUUGCGUCCUUCUUGCUCAAAGCAAGAGAGAAAGACUUCGCUCACCAGAAAACUUCGCUUGAAUCUCACGACACGAACGAGGAAUUACGCGUUUUAUCAUGCGUUUACGGAGUCCGCACCGCUCGUGGUUCGAUCUCUCUUAUCUCGGCCCUGAGCGGAUCUCGUGGAGCCUCUAAGCCGUUCACGCCUUUGCUUAUGCACCUCGUACCACUCCCGAAGAAACGGAAAUCGGAAUUGUUGUAUCACGAGCACGAUGAAGAUGGAGGAAAUGUGAACGGAGACGAUGAAUUCGGGACCAAUGAAGGUUUAGAAAUUAACGAUUCGAUUGAUUCGUUUGCUAAAGACAGUAAGAUCUUGAUCCAGCAGGUGAAACUCGUGACGCAGAUGCUUAACAUGCACGAAGAGAUCUGUAACGCAACAGAAGAUCUCCGAGUUUCGAUUGUGUUUCUUCCGUUCCAUAAACACCAAAGGAUCGAUGGGAAGACUACAAACGAUGGGGAAACUUUCCGGCAGAUGAACCGGAAUGUUCUAAGGCACGCUCCGUGUUCGAUCGGUAUAUUUGUGGACCGAAACAUAACCGGAUUUCAACAGCCGCACGGGUUUGAUUCGGUACAACACGUGGCGGCGUUGUUCUUUGGUGGUCCGGAUGAUCGUGAGGCUCUAGCUCUGUGCAAGUGGCUCGCCAACAACACUCUGAUUCACCUCACAAUCAUACAGUUCAUCUCCGAGGAUUCAGAGGCAGAGACUCCAAUUGGGAACGCGACAACAAGAGAUAAUAACGAGGUUUUUAUCGAGGUUCUGGGAAGAGAUCAAACUGAACAUGAAACAGAUCGGAGUUUCUUAGAAGAAUUCUAUAACAGAUUUGUGACAACGGGACAAGUGGCGUUCAUAGAGAAGCGUGUGAGCAGCGGACCGCAUACGCUAACGAUUCUAAGAGAGAUUGGAGAGAUGUACUCACUGUUUGUGGUCGGCAAGAGCAGAGGAGACUGCCCAAUGACAGUGAGAAUGAAAGACUGGGAAGAAUGUCCGGAGCUCGGAACUGUCGGUGACUUCUUGGCUUCAUCUUUAGAUGUAAAUGCGUCUGUAUUAGUUGUUCAAAGACAAAGACACUCACAUGAUAGCUUUAUAGAUGAUUAGCAAACAUUUCUUAGUUUUAUUUUUUGAGCAAUGAUUUAGCAAACAUUUUUUUAGUUUCAGCAGAAACCAUCUUUCACUUUAAUUUCUUGCGCAUGUUUUUUUAGAGUUUAUUAAAAAACAACCAAAACUGGAAUUGGAAACGAAAUGGUUCAGUUUAUCAUACGAAAUUAUAAGUUUCACGUAUGGAACAAAGGGAAAAUGAUAAUGGAAGUUAAAAAGGAUUAAGCAAGGCUAAACGGUUCGGGUCCAUGAACUCUGUUAUCAACAACAAUGGCGAGUCUUCAAGGCUUGGUCUCUUUGCUCUUGUGUUUCCAUUGUAUCACAAAGACUUGAACCUUUGGUCUCAGGAAGAAGCAAAACGAAUAAACCAAAACCGGACAUUGCGAAUCCAAAAACCGCGAAUGAGAGCGAUGGGACGUUUCUUCCAAUCGAAGCAAAUGAUCGGACACAAAGCUCCUCCGACCACUAGUGCUAGCCUAAGCAUCGUUGUUGCGUAAUUCCUCACACAUGUCGGGAACAGCUAGAUGAUGUAAACUGCCAUCAAAUUGAACCCAAUCCUCGCGCAGAGGAAAGAAGCGAGUUCGAGCGCGAAAGCAAUCUUUGUACUACCGAAAAGGCUCAUGACGAAACAGAGCACUCCUGCUGCUCCUCCGAGUAAAGAAUUGACGAGCACAGAGCUUCUUCUGCUAAAUCUUUCCAGCAAGAUCGGUGUGAUAACAAUCGAAGGCAACUGCACCAUUGCGUUUAGGGCUUCGCUCAAAUAGAUGUUCACUUUUAAGUCUCUAACCGCUAAAGGAACACCGUAAUACGACAUUCCCAACCCAAACAUAAUUAUUAUAAUAACCAUAAUUCUUCGAAAAGCCCAUUUUCGUAUGAAAAAGUCCUUGAUCGAGUAGCUUGGAGCUUGUUCUAGCGUUUCUUGUGGAGGUAACCUUAAAGAUAUUGAUUCCAAAUAACCUCUGUUUGAAGGUGAAAUCCUUCUGAGCACUUCAAUGGCUUCUUCGUUCUUCCCUUGCAAAUGGAGCCAACGAGGAGACUCUAAGGCGAAUAAAUAGAGGAAAAUACUGUGGAUGGCUGCUGGAACGGAUGCGCAUAGAUAGAGAACUCUCCAUGAAGCGUGUUGAGCAAGGUAGGCGACCCCGGACAGCGAAAUGAACCCUAACACAAACAGAGUAAACGGAAUCAUAGUAGCUCUCGGUCUCCACCUUGUGGAAACUCGCUCGCAUAUCAGAACUAACGCGUAGGUACAAGUCUGAGAACGCACGAACCCUAUCACGAACUUCAAGAAAGAAUAGAUCCAUAUGUUGGAGGAAAAGAAAAUUGAGAUCCCAGUGAGUGACAUUGUUGAAGUUGAGAAAAUAAGUAGUUGCUUCCGUCCCAAGAAACCGUCCGGGAUCGUCGACAGUAAAAGCCCUCCAACGAUAGAACCCAUAUAGAAAGCCGAUGUGGGGAGACCUCUGAGGAAGGAGCUCGAGCACUCGAGAUCGAACUCUGAAAUGACGGAUUUACCCUUGAAACCGCCGUCCCAAUCCCAGGCUGACCGAGGUAUCCCACAGAUGUCGGUGGCUGCCGGAUUGCAAAUCGUCUGGUCGAGACAGUGCCACGCGGGAUAUGCAUCUGUGAAGACGGUUAUGAAUGUCUGCAUCGAAUCGAAAGCGAAGGCAAGCCCGACAAAACUUAUUUGUAAAAUCUGUAGGAUCCCGAAAUCCGACAAGCUCUUUUCGACAAUCUUGUCGAAAUUCAGGCAAAAGGUUGUUUCAUUUUCUAACAAUGGUGCUGACGGAUCCACCAUUGUUGCUCACUUUUCGCACUCUAUAGUCUCUAUUAUACUAUUACUACAUACACCCUUCUUAACAUUAAAAACCAAACAGAAAAAUAUAUAAACUGGAAUCUGAAUUUGUAUUAACGAAGAAAAUUCAAAUCUUGUAUUAUGUGGUCAAAAG